AUUUAUUCUAUUUAUAAUGUUUCAACGUUUAUGAGAAAGCGAUCGAAUUAAUCGCCUACGAAUUUAAUCGUCUUUAAAAAUUGGAAUUCGGAUUUUAUCGAUCACUCUAAAAGGAAUUAUUAAACAAAAAUGCCUAAAGCAGGAAAUGAAUAUAAAAAGAAUGUCACAAAACAGUUUUGGAAGUUCUUGUCAACAGAGCGUCUCAGGCCAUCAACAAAACUGGAGCUCAGACAAGUGUACUAUGAUCAGUUCAAGAAAACAUUGGAUCGUUCGUCGCCUACAGUGUCUUUCUCCACCAUUCUAUUUCAGCUGAAACGGAUGAAGAAAUUAGUCAAGAGUAAAGAUGGUUCUGACACAUUGUUAUACUUUGAACGCAAGGGCCGACGUCUGGUCCUGGCUGUUGACCAAUCUUUUGUACAGCGCAAGCAAAAAAAUGCGUCCAAAGCGAAGGGAGAAGAUCAUGAGAAGGAUAUUGAUGAAACAGAGAAGGAAAAGCUUACAGAACAUGAUGAUGAUGAUCCUGUGAUGGAGUUAAAAAAGUUAUUUCUUAAACACAAAGAAUCAUUCGUCCAAGACAAGAAUGGAGUAAGAGUUUGUUCCGAUUUGGACAGGGAACACGGUGUGAUAGACUUUGGCCAAAUGCAUUUGACAGAUAGUGCGCAAAUCACAGAAAUUACUGUGAACAAUGCGGGAACCAAUGCCAUUAAACUGAAGCGAUUUGUCGCCUUGGAAUCUGUGAGUGAUUUUAUGCUCUCAGAUAAACACAGUGUCACAGUUGCUGGAAAAGUCAAUAAAGUCAUCAAACUACCUGCUGGGAAAUCUUACAAGAUAUCAGCACUUUUUAAACCAAGCCGUUUAGGAGAAUUUAAGCAGCUGAUUGUGUUUGAAUUUGAAGAGGAAGGGGAUACACCUCAAACAUAUCACAUAGCACGGUUCUUAACUGGACAAGGAACUAAUGAGGAUGUCAAGAGCAUCCUUCCUGUGCACAAGUAUCGGCAUCCCAAGGCUGUAGCAAGAGUGGUGGAUCCCAAAGUUCAAAUCAUAGGUGGAAUACCUCCCCCACGACCUGACAAUAAACUGCGGUUUGCCACUCCUCUCAAAGACUACCACAUCCCCUUUCAAUUGCGUCUGGGAUUAAAUCAAGGCAAACCUGGAGAAGAAUUAUCAAACCUCUUGGAGCUUGAAGUUGGACCACAAAUGCGAGAAUAUUCUCAAAAGUUUGCUUCACUUCUUUACAUUGAAGAACUUCAAAUGGAAGUUGACAUUCGUCACUAUGACAUGGAGGAUGUAUUUCUUAACCCAUCAACUCAAGGAGGGUUUCUUGUCCUAAAGGUACCUGGACUUGCAGAGAAUCGACCAUCAGUUGUAAGGGGUGACCAGAUCUUGGUGAGGAUCAAAGACAGCAAAGGGCAGCCAGAAAAAGAAGAGUAUCAAGGAUUUGUUCAUAUCUUGGGCUUAAAUGAUGUGCAUUUAAAGUUUUCUCCCAAAUUCCAUAAGAGAUACAUCAAGGGAAUGAAAGUGAAUGUACGAUUCACAUUUAACAGGACACCUUUAAAACUGAUGCAUAGAGCUCUAGAAAUUAGUCUCCAAAUGAUUGAAGAAAGAACACCAGUUGCUUCUUUAAAUUUAGCAGUUGGCACACAUUUAGAUCCCCUCUUGAAAGGAAGUGAGCUAGAUUUUAGAUUUUUUGAUGGAAAGCUUCAAAAAAACAAAGAACAGGAACAGGCUGUGAGGAACAUUGUUGCUGGGACAUCAAGACCAGUUCCAUAUUUGGUUUUUGGACCUCCAGGAACUGGAAAGACUGUGACAAUAGUAGAAGCCAUCAAACAGGUAUUGAAGUUGUUUCCCGAGAGCUGCGUUCUUGCCUGUGCUCCGUCCAACAGUGCAGCAGAUCUGCUCUUACAGAGGGUUAUGGAGCACACAGUUAUUCCAAGGUCAAAGGCCAUUCGGCUGAAUGCCUUUGGAAGGUCACUUCUAUCACUGCCAAAAGAUAUUAAGGAUGUUUGCUGUCUUACUUCAGGAGGGGAUUUCUUUUUCCCAUGUAAAGAGGAGAUCAUGGACAAGCGUCUUGUGGUGUGCACUCUGAUUACAGCAGGAAGGUUAGUUUCUGCUGAGGUUCCCAACCAUCAUUUUACCCAUGUGUUCAUUGAUGAAGCAGGCCACUCCCUGCAGCCUGAAUGCUUGGUCCCCCUGGCAGGAAUGUUUAGCACAGAAACUCCAGGAGGGGGACAGCUAGUCCUAGCAGGAGACCCUCAACAGCUUGGUCCAGUCCUUCGAUCUCCAGUAGCCAUUAAGUAUGGUCUAGGUAUAUCUCUUUUGGAAUGGAUGAUGACAAAGUUGCCUUUCUAUGGACGAAUACCACAAGAUGAAGAGGAUGAAUUAGGAGACUACAACCCACUGAUUAUCACAAAGUUAUUGAAGAACUACAGAUCACAUCCAUCUAUCUUGGAGCUACCAAAUGAGAUGUUUUAUGAUGAUGAACUAGAAUCCUGUGCAGACAAGCUAACAAGAGAAUCUUUGUGCAACUGGAGUCGUCUUCCUUGCAAGGGAUUUCCAAUUGUUUUUGAAGGAAUCAGGGGACGAGAUAUGCGAGAGGAAAAAAGCCCAUCAUUCUUCAACCCUGAGGAGGCAGCUGUAGUUGUGCAGUAUGUCAAAGACUUGAAGGAUACCAGAGGAAUCAAAGUGCUUACCUCAGAGAUUGGCGUCAUUUCACCCUACAGAAAACAGGUUCAGAAAAUAAGGACUUUGCUUGACAAGGCUAACAUCACGGACGUGAAGGUUGGUUCUGUUGAAGAAUUCCAAGGACAAGAAAGGAGAGUGAUAAUCAUAUCCACUGUGCGGAGCAGCCAGGAAUAUCUUCAGCUCGAUGCGCAGUUCAAACUGGGUUUCUUGAAGAAUCCAAAGCGGUUUAAUGUUGCAAUCACAAGAGCCCAAGCUUUACUGAUUGUGGUCGGAAAUCCUCAUGUUCUCAGCAAAGACCGACACUGGAAUAGGUUCAUAAAAUUCUGCAAAGAUUCAAAAGGCUACAGAGGAUGUGAUUUCAAGCCAGCAAUUGAGGAUGAUGAAGAUCUUAUAAAUCGCCUGAGGCGGGUUCAUCUGGACACAAAGGAAGCAUUAGAAGCUGUUGAAUCUACAGCAGAUGACACUGUAACACAGGCUGAACAACCUGAAUGGCGCAAACCGGAAGAAUUUUAAAUUACAAAUUAGAUGAGUUUUUAAAUUACCAUAAAUUAUAGGGAACAUUUUAUAUGGAUGUUGUUUUUGCUAGAAUUGACCUCAAAGGUCCAUAGGCAAUUAAGAUAACUGGUCAAACCAGAAGAUUGUGAGGCAAAAUUUCAUGGCCCACCAUCCUUAGUGAGAUGUGGGGACCUAUUGGUUAGUGCCCUUGACUCCAAGUCCAGAGAUGCAGCUUGGAGAUCUGGUCAGGUCAGAGUGUUGUGUUCCUGGGCAAAACACUGUACUCUCUCCAACCAGGAGUAUAAAUGAGUACAGGCAAAUUUUCAGGGAAGCCUAAUGAAAUUUUAGGGGGGGGGGGGGGUAACCUUGUGAUGGAGGGCAUCCCAUCCAGGGGGGAGUAGUAUAAGGACCUGCUAGAUGGCCCACUUGGUUUGAGUACUGACUUAACCUGCCUCAACCAUUCUAAGAAUUUUCUUUGUCUCAUUAAUACAAAUUAAUUGGUCCUAAGGUUACUAAGUCCUUGUGAAGUUUUGGCAUUGUUAUUAACCGCAAUGAAAAUUUAAAGCAUUUUUAACAUUUUACUGCUUACUGUGUUUUUAAUUAGUUUUACCUUAUAAAAAUUGCACAUUUGCUGGGUGGUGCAUGUUGAUAGAGAAGUUUCUGUGCAGCAAUAAGCCACAUUGUUGACAAAUGAGAGAAUUUGGAAGACUGGCCACAGCUUCAUUAACCCUUAAACCCUCAAGAGCUGAUUGUUAAUUCUCUCCUUUAGCUGCUACACAAUUCCUAGUAAAUAAGUUACGAGAAUAUGGUGUUAGAUCAAGAUUAGCCACUUGUACCUGAUAAGAUUGAGUCUUCUCAUUACCUGUUUGCUGGAUGAUGAAUGGAUAUUCUAGGGAGAAGUUACAUGUCAAUCACGCUUGGAAGUGUAAGGAUCAAAGGAGAAUUCACCACACCAAAUAAAAGCUGUCUUUUAACCAUGUUUUAAUAAUCUCUGAAAUGUAUUGUUCUCCUUUUGCGACACUACAUGGGAUUAAUUUAUUCAUUCCAUUGUAAUUUCUUUUCUUUAUUGAUUUUAACACUUAAACUCCCAUGGGUGACCAAGACAGAAUUUCUCCUUACAAUAUCAACCAGCUAAGUGACGAGAAUAAAGAAGAAUAUCAAUUUGGGGAUAAUUAGUGGAUUCAAUACUAAAUUCUCUGAGCUAACAUUAUAAGAAUUGCAUGGUUGACAGUAAGGAGAAUGAAAAAUUUCAUCUGGGAGUUGAAGGGUUAAGUAUCAAAUGUAGAUUGUAAGCUUCAUUUUCCUUUUAAGCAAUCAGAACUUAUGGUUGUUAACCAUUUAACCCCUAGGAGUGUCCAGCAUCUAAUUUCUCCUUACAAUAUCAGUCUUGAAUCAAACAUUAAGGUCAUGAGAAUAAAGGAAAUGAUCACCAACUAAAGAAGCUCUUGAUUGUUGAACAAAUUCUCCUUAUCAGAACCCUAGGAAAUGUCUAGAGAGUCGUAUGGAGAAUACCUGUACUGAUGUUAGGGAGUAAAGGGUUACAGGUUCAAUUCUAAUUUUAAGUCCAGCACUUAAAAAAAAAUAUUUGUCAGAAAUGGUAUUUAAAUGUCAUCUUAGUUUUGACAUUUUUUAUUCUAGUUACCCAUUGGGCAGAGCAUGGAGGUAACAGUUGAUGAAACACCAACUUCUCCUUAGUUACACAAGGCAAUACAAGGCAAUCUUCAAGGAGAAUCUAGUAGUCUAUCUGGGGUUUGUUGCAAUCGCACCCCUAACAACAUUAAGCAGAUACUUUCAUGCUCUUACUUCCAAGUUUCAGGCUCAAUUCUGUUCACAGUCUAAUAAAUUAGAGAGUGAAGCUAAAUUAAUCAACUAUUUCAUCUGAUGUUUGUCUCACUUCUCAUCACUUCCCUGCUUGACAAUGUAUAAAUACUGUGAGGAGAAAAUCACACUUUAUGUUUCUUUCCUUGGGAUAAUCUUAGCUGUGUUUUUCCCUUGACUUCACAUUGGAAAAUAUAGAGACCCUAGCAGAAAAAAAAAACUGUUCUCCACAGUACCACACCCAAAGAAUUACUACAAUCAUGUUACAAGUCUUAACCAUCAACAUUAUUAUUAUCAUGAUAAACUAUUUAAUGAAUCCAGACUAAGUUUCAAGUGAGAUUUGACAACAUUGUUGAAUGGCAAUUAAUGGAAAAAGAGAAAAAAUAGAAAAACAGCAGAAUACAUGUACUUUAUUGUUUAAUA